GAUCGGCCAAUCCAACCACACAAACAUGAAAUUAAACUCAGAACACAAAUAACAAAUAAAAAAUCCCCAAAGGAGCAGCCCAGCUCUGGUUAACCAAUUGCUUGUCACCUUCCUCUGCCUCUAUUUGAUCCAUCCAUUCCAUUCAUUCAAUCCCAUCUUCAUCAUCUUCGCUUAAGUCUUAAAUCUCUCAUAGCUAUAUAUAAAUAUACUCUUAUCUAGUACACAAACAACAAAUCAUUUUUCUUUAUUUUUUGUCUUGGUGUGGGGAUAAACCCUAGAGCUUUGAGCGCAUGUCCAAGAGAGGAGGAGGAUCAGCAGCAGCAGCAGCUGUUCUGCAAAAAGAUGUGCCUUGGAGGGCUUCUCCCUCUGGUGGAAAACCCAUCCCCAAAAUCCACCACUCCCCUGUUCUUCGUCUAACCCAAACCCCUCAUUCCAAUUACGCCCUUUCCAUCAUGAAGCACCCAAAUCCAAUUGGAAGUGGGUUGGGAAACGAAGCUAUAGUGGAAGCAGCAGGGCCAGAUUGUAUUGUGCCAGGACAAAUUACACCCGUUAAAUUACUUGGUCUCAAGGUAUGGCCCAUCAAUGUUGACUUAAAGUUUAUGGAACCAGUUGGACGGGAGCUUAAGUCCAUCGGGAAGUUCAUGGAUUCGGCUGUCAACCUUAUGAACAAUUCAUUUAUAGAUCGUUAGCACUUUGGGUUGUUUCUUUCAACUAAGUUGCCAAGCAGCUGUCAUAUAGGAUUUGCGAGUUAUGUGUAUUACUACUGGAAUGAUCAGAAUUAUAGCAAAGCAGAGUGAUUACUGAUAAUCCUCUUUUUCAUGUUUUUUUUUUUUUUUUUGCCUGCCGGUUUUGUUAUGUACUCUCGUUGAAGUCCAAAUUAUCGGUAACUAGAGAAAUGUGUGUUUGAAUAAAUUGGUUCUGUUUCUUCAAACUA